GGCCUGGCUCUGUUCAUGGGGAUUCCCCGUGUUUUUUAGUUUGUUUGGAGACUGUUACCAUGGGCAACGCAGACAGCGGGUCCCUUUGAGUCUGAAUAGCUGCCGCUGGACCCUGGACGCAGUCGCCACUAGUCGGCCCGGUGCAGCCAUACUGUCCGGACGGGAAGUAAGCGGACACCAUAGAGGAUGCUGAGGCCUGCCAUCCGCUCAGCACAUCCAGCAUUCACCCGGAGCUGUUAGGCUGGUCCGGGCUAUGGCUGCACCUACCGCACAUUUCGACGACGAGUGGCCGGUUCUGUGUGAGCUCAGCGGGGGUUCGGAGCAGAAAGGCCUUGCAGCCGCUGCACCGCAGCUCCUCCUGGAUGAUGAUGAUGAUGAUGUUGGUGAUGAUGAUCACCCCGAGCUGCACGACAGCAGCUUGUCCUCGGGGGAAACCGGUGCUUUCAGGUCGACGGAGGACCUGGUGAACGAUUUGGAUGAGAAACUAUCCCUGUGCUUCCACAGUUUUAACGCCAAGACGGACAGCAUCGCUCCUGUGAGUGUGAUCGCUGAAGACGCGCUGUUGGAGAAAGACGAAAUCUGGUCAGCGUUAACCAGUAGCUAUGGGCAUGUGAUGCCAGUGGACUGGAAACAGUCUCGAAUGUGUUUCCUGCACAUGUCCACGUUCAACUUGGAGGAGAAUCCUACUGAUGUCACAGCAGAGCUGUCAGAUGACGAGGAGCUCAGGGAGCAGCUGGACAUGCACUCCAUCAUUGUCUCCUGCCUUGCAGAGGAACCCCUUUUCACAGCAGAGCAGGUUAUCGAGGAGAUAGAGGAGAUGAUGCAGGACUCUCCUGACAUGGAGCACAAUCCCUCCCAGUCAGACCUCUCGAUGCUCUCACUGGACAUCCAGCGGUCCGCCAGCAGUCCCACCUACGAGGAGAGGGUGAGGACCCUGAGUGUCGCUGAGCUGAACGAGCGUCUGGAGGAGACGGAGGUGAACAUCAGGAGGUUCUCGGAGGAGCUGGUGCAGCAGCUGGCUCUCAGGGAUGAGCUGAAAUUUGAGAAGGAGGUGAAGAAUAGUUUUAUCACAGCGCUCAUUGACGUGCAAAACCGGCAGAAGGAGCACCGCGAGGUGCUGAAGAAGAAGAAGCUUAAAGGGGGAGCUGAGACGCCACAGGGCAACAUAGAGAAAACGCUCCGAUCACGCUUCAGCAUGGAGGGACUCUCAUCUGUCAUUCAGAACAGCUUCCGCCAAACAUUUGGCCGCGAGUGCAAUGAAAGACAGUAUUUGACCACAGUCAUCCCUUAUGAGAAAAAAGGACACCCCCCUUCAAUCGAGGACCUCCAGAUCCUGACCAAGAUUCUCCAAGCUAUGAGAGACGACAGUGACAAAGUGCCCAGUCUCCUGACAGACUACAUUCUCAAAGUGAUUUGUCCAACAUAGCCCCGUGGGAGUGUGCCUAAACAUAACCAUGGCAACAGGAUGAAGAGGACGCAUUGUAUUUUCAUGGAAACAUGAAAUGCACUUAAUUUAGCAUGUUUUUACCUCAAGAUUCGUCUUUUUAACGCUUUGUUCUUCAUUUUAUUUUUUUGUGGAGUGGUAGUUUUGCAAAUC